CUCGAGGGCGCUGUUCAGCUUGCGUGAUCAUUAAAGGAUGACCGAGAACGUGAUCACUCACAAAAGCAAGCGGAAAUCUAAUGGAUCCUUAGGACACAAUGGACCCAUUUGACAGCUCCGAUUCUCGGGAAGGGGCGUCAAAGGCUGCGGCGACAAAUGCUGAGAUAACGGCACCGUGGUCGUGCUUCUCCGCUUGGCUUGAGUGUGUGUGCGUCGUUACCUUCGACCUCGAGCUCGGACAAUCCAUUGAGCUCGUUUACCCCCAUGAUGUCAAACUCACAGAAAAGGAGAAGACGAGCAUCUGUUAUUUAUCCUUUCCUGACUCAUACUCAGGAUGCCUCGGGGACACUCAGUUCAGCUUCAGACUGCGGCAGUCGGUGGGCCGGAGUGGCUCUUGGUUUGGACAAGAGGAUGCGUACAACAGGGAUGCCCCUGUGACUCUGCAGAAGGAGCAUGCACAUUUCUAUGGUUAUGUGUAUUUCAGACAAGUGAAAGAUGCAUCUGUCAAAAGAGGCUACUUUCAGAAGUCUCUGGUGGUGGUGUCCAGACUUCCAUUUGUGCACCUGUUCCACUCACUGCUGCAGGUCAUUGCUCCUGAAUACUUUGAAAAACUUGAACCUUUUCUGGAGACAGUCUGUAAUGAAAUUGACCAAUGGCCAGCACCGAUACCAGGGCAGACUGUUAAUUUACCUGUGAUGGGUGUGGUGAUGAAGGUCAGAAUUCCCUCAAAAGAUGAAGUACCAGGAGGAAGCCCUGUAAAACAGGCAGAAACUGAGAAUGAGCUCCCUGCCCCCACAGUUCUUCCAACAAUUUUUGAGCUGGAUCUUUUUAAAUGUUUCCAGUCAGUCCUGAUUCACGUGCAGAUGCUCUGGGAGCUGAUGUUGCUAGGAGAGCCAGUGGUUGUUAUGGCACCUUCUCCAACGGUCUCCUCAGAGACUGUGCUGGCUCUGGUUGGCUCCAUCACCCCAUUGCGCUACUGUGGGGAUUACCGGCCCUACUUCACCAUUCAUGACAGUGAAUUCAAGGAGUACACCACCAGAACUCAGGCGCCGCCCAGUGUGAUACUGGGUGUCACAAACCCUUUCUUUAUAAAGACCUUUCAGUGCUGGCCACACAUCAUACGGAUUGGAGACCUCAAGAUGUCUGGUGAUUUGCCAAAGCAGGUGAAGACCAAGAAACUGGCCAAGUUGAAAACACUGGAUACAAAACCAGGUAUAUACACAGCGUACAACACGUUCCUACACAAAGAUAAAGCCCUAAUCAAACGACUCUUAAAGGGUAUCCAGAAAAAAAGGCCGUCAGAGGUGCAAAGCAGCAUCCUGAGGCAGCAUCUGUUGGAGCAGACACAGAGUUUCAUUCUCCCACUGGAGCGGUAUUUGGCCAGUCUGAUGCCCCCGCAGAGAACUAUAACUCCAUGGAAGACCCCUCCUCAGAUCCGGUCCUUCAGUCAGGAGGAAUUUAUGAAGACACUGGAGCAAGCAAAGCUUACCUCUGUGCUGAAAGGAGAUUGGAUGGGCCUGUACAGGCGGUUCUUUCGUUCUCCAAACUUUGAUGGCUGGUAUCGUCUCAAACACAGAGAGAUGACUCAGAAAGUAGAAUGUCUUAAUUUAGAGGCCGUCUGUGCAGCUGAUCUGCUGAUAUGGACCAAAGACAAAUCAGAGGUAGAAAUUGUUGACCUCAUCCUGAAGCUGAGAGAAAAACUAGUGAGAGCUCGAAAACACCAGCUUCCAGUGAAGGAAGAGCUACUGGAAAGAUUGGAGCAGUCCAUCCAGACCAUUAUUAGCUCCUUGCCAGAGGAUCUACAGACAGUAUUACACAGACAAUGACAAUAAGACCCACAUGAACACUGACCAGCAGACCCUCUGACAUACACAGACAGUCUUUGAUAACACUAAUAUUCAGAAUCACUGAUGUCAGCACCCAUACCAGCUAUAUACAGUUGAAGUCAGAUGUUUACAUACACCUUAGCCAAAUACAUUUAAACUCAGUUUUUCACAAUUCCUGACAUUUAAUCAUUGAAAACAUUCCCUGUCUUAGGUCAGUUAGGAUCACUACUUUAUUUUAAGAAUGUGAAAUAUCAGAGUAAUAGUAGAGAGAAUUAUUUAUUUCAGCUUUUAUUUCUUUCAUCACAUUCCCACUGGGUCAGAAGUUUACAUACACUUUGUUAGUAUUUGAUAGCAUUGCCUUUAAAUUGUUUAACUUGAGUCAAACGUUUUGGGUAGCCUUCCACAAGCUUCUCACAAUAAAUUGCUGGAAUUUUGGCCCAUUCCUCCAGACAGAACUGGUGUAACUGAGUCAGGUUUGUAGGCCUCCUUGCGCACAUGCUUUUUCAGUUCUGCCCACAAAUUUUAUAUCGGAUUGAGGUCAGGGCUUUGUGAUGGCCACUCCAACACCUUGACUUUGUUGUCCUUAAGCCAUUUUGCCACAACUUUGGAGGUAUGCUUGGGGUCAUUGUGCAUUUGGAAGACCCAUUUGCGACCAAGCUUUAACUUCCUGGCUGAUGUCUUGAGAUGUUGCUUUAAUAUAUCCACAUAAUUUUCCUUCCUCAUGAUGCCAUCUAUUUUGUGAAGUGCACCAGUCCCUCCUGCAGCAAAGCACCCCCACAACAUGAUGCUGCCACCCCCAUGCUUCAUGGUUGGGAUGGUGUUCUUCGGCUUGCAAGCCUCACCCUUUCUCCUCCAAACAUGACUAUGGUCAUUAUGGCCAAACAGUUCAAUUUUUGUUUCAUCAGACUCUCCAAAAAGUAAUAUCUUUGUCCCCAUGUGCACUUGCAAACUGUAGUCUGGCUUUUUUUAUGGCGGUAUUGGAGCAGUGGCUUCUUCCUUGCUGAGCAGCCUUUCAAGUUAUGUCGAUAUAGGACUUGUUUUACUGUGGAUAUAGAUACUUGUUUACCUGUUUCACAAGGUCCUUUGCUGUUGUUCUGGGAUUGAUUUGCACUUUUCGGACCAAACUACGUUCAUCUCUAGAAGACAGAAUGCGUCUCCUUCCUGAGCGGUAUGAUGGCUGCGUGGUCCCAUAGUGUUUAUACUUGCGUUCUAUUGUUUGUACAGAUGAAUGUGGUACAUUCAGGCAUUAGGAAAUUGCUCCCAAGGAUGACUUGUGGAGGCCCAAAUGCUUUUUUCUGAGGUCUUGGCUGAUUUCUUUUUCAUUUUCCCAUGAUGUCAAGCAAAGAGGCACUGAGUUUGAAGGUAGGCCUUAAAAUACAUCCACAGGUACACCUCCAAUUGACACCAAUUAGCCUAUCAGAAGCUAAUUGUCUAAUUGCCUAAAGGCUUGACAUUAUUUUCUGGAAUUUUCCAAGCUGCUUAAAGGCACAGUUAGUUUAUGAAAACUUCUGACCCACUGGAAUUGUGAUAUAGUCAAUUAAAAGUGAAAUAAUCUGUCUGUAAACAAUUGUUGGAGAAAUUACGUGUCAUGCACAAAGUAGAUGUCCUAAACGACUUGCAAAAACUAUAGUUUGCUAAUAUGAAAUAUGUGGAGUGGUUAAAAAAUUAGUUUUAAUGACUUCAACUUAAGUAACAACUUCAACUGUAUCCUGUGGGACCUGCACAGGUAUCAACCAACAUGUAAUCCACUGGUAAGCCCAUACACUACCUAAGAGGCCUUCAAUUCAGGACGUACAGGAGAGAAACUUUAAAGAACAGAUAGUGCUACCAGACACAGCACUGUCUAACACGGAAUUAUGUCUCCACUAGGCUACACUAGACAUCAGCAGUCUAAAAGCCAUUUUAACAGUAUUUCAAAGCCUGCAGUCAUUUAGCACUGCAUGAACACCUACUGAUAUUUUAUAAAUCAAAUGGAUAAAUAAAAAGGUCAAUUAAGAUGAA